ACGAGGCAGAGAGUGAAGGUACGCUCUCUGCACUCAUCUUCAGACAGCGGCCGCUUCUGUGUCAUAACAAACCUUAACCCCGUGUUUGUCAUUUUUAGAAGAUUAAUCAAUUUCACAAGUUAAGGCAAGAUGUUUAUACUGAGCCCCCCUUCCAGUGUUUUCCAGUAUGCUAAGAAGUUGUUUCUUAGUGAGCAGGCAGGCCGGAUCCACCUUCAAGAAUUUGCACGCCAGAAUGCUGCCAAUGCACUAUCUCUUACAAAUCUCGUGAUGGGACUGUCUUCAAUUCUGUGCAGCUUAAAUGGGCACCACUACUAUGCUUGCUGGUUUCUCCUUUUCGGAUUUCUUCUUGACCUGGCUGAUGGAGCUGUUGCUAGACAACUUAAUGCGUGUUCUGCUCUGGGAGCCAAAUUGGAUGAUUUUGCAGAUUUCACAACAUUUGGAAUUGCUACCUCACUGUUGCUGCAGGCCCAAGGCAUACUAAAUGGUGUGUUUGUCAUCUGCUAUGUUAUGGCUGUGUUUGCACGCCUCUGCUUCUUUUCUAGUGGAAUCGCAUUUGUUUACCGUGGCCUUCCAUGUCCUUAUGCUUCAGCCAUCCUAGCCUGCACUUCUCUGUUGACUGGAGGCAAUCGCUUUCUCCUGUAUAUUGCUGCAGUGGUGAUGAUUCUCUUCAUGACUGACCAGGGCAACUACCCCCAUGACAAGGUCUUAGAGUCACAGAUCUGGAAAAAAGUAGUUUUCAUUGGAGGUCUGAUGGUGUUGUUUUGCUGUCCGCUAAAGCUGGCCUGCAUAUACUAUCUGAUUUGGUGUUUCUCCUACACCCUCUUCCCAUCUACUCUGUGGAGCUGCAAGUGAAAAUACGAGGGGAGGUGAACACUAAAGUCCCUCUCCACAGAAAACAAAACGUAAAAUGUAAACACCAUUCAUGAGGUAUGAGAAAGUUGCAUCCUUAAGACUAAAGGGACAAUGGAUUCACUGUUUAAUGGCCAAAAACAUAAAACCCAUAGAGGGAACUGUCAUUCAUUUAAUGUUGAAAAUCUAUAACACUGUCAUACACCUUAGAGGGUUGUGUAUAUAAGUUAGUUAUCAGAACUUGUGUGUAAAUACGCCUAAAGACUCCCAGAGCACGUUUGGGGUCAGCUUAGCUUAAGCUAUAUAAACAUCACAUUGAAGUCAGCUUAAUACAUAUGAACCAGCUUCUGUUUGAGGGGUUUGUUGUAUUCAAACUAACUCAAGACUCUUCUUUCCAAAAAAUUCAUGUUUUGGGCAGUUCAGGCAGAUGAAACUUCAAUACAUUGGUUUGUGAAUGACAUGCAAAGAGGUAAACCAAUUGCAGGCUUCUAACUGAAGAAACUCAAAUGAACUGUGACCAAUUUUCUUUGUAUUCUAGAAAUUGUGAACUGCUUUUGAACCAUAAAGGUAUUUUCUAUAAAAAUAAGAAUGCAUGUUUUAUGGGGAAUUCCUAUUCUUUAAGAACCUAAAGGUGGAUGUUGCAAAUCUGAUUUAAAUGCUGAACUGUUUUCAUCUUGAUAGCUAUUUCUGUUUCCAUUCUAUUAGACAAACUUUGUGACAGCAACCUAGUCAAACUGAGAUAAAUAUUACUUCUGAUAUGUGCCAUUGACAGUAAAAGCAGUUAUCUUGUCAUUUCUUUUCCAUUUUGUACAUAGUGUGUUGUUCAGAAUAUAAACUUGUUUGCACAAUGUAAUUGUGAGUACUUUAAAAUGGACCUUCUGGUAAAGAAUUGGAUAAGUAUCCAUGCAACUGAAAAAUUACAUAACUUUGUUUUGAAUGCCGUAAGUGUUUAAACAGCAUUCAACAAAUAUCAACAACAUCCAAAGUGGGGAGAAGCUUGAUAGGUUACUUUGUGGUCUUAUGAAAAUGUAUAUACAAAUUAAUUACUACAGAAUCUUGCCCUAUCAUAUGUAACACACUGAGUUACCUUGAAAGUUAGUGCCAGCAUGGAUCUUUGACAAGAAUACACAUAAACAAAUCAUAAUGGCACAGCGAUUAAAACAUUUUCUCAAUACUGAAUUGGUACUAGCAGCACAUAUUGGGCUGCUUCAGCCACUGUUCUGUUAUAUGUAAAAACUUGGUAUGUUUUAUGUUUUUCUAAGAAAAGAUGAUAGUUGCCUAUGAAUGAAAGUAGCCAUUUUGUGGAGAGAUAACUACUAUGCUACAAGUGUUCCAGUGGAGGGGUUGUUGCAAUGUGUGAUUUUAAUUUGCAUCCAGAUCACUGAAGUAUUCGCUUUGAAUGUUAGCUGCCAACUUUUAGUAAAGAAUUUUUAUUUUUCUUGUUUUUUUACAAUCCCUUAUUCUGGAGACCAGCUGAUACUGAUAUGUAAUGAGUCAGUGAGGGGUGGACAAUAACAUCUGAACUGCCUCAUAUUUUAUUUUCUGCCCCAUUCCCCUGCAGGGAAGAUUCUUAACCUACCUGAGAUUGGGAAUUUGCAUCGUGUGGAAUUGUUGCAAACUCACUUUAACAUUUGGUGAAACAACAAAUUUAUGCAAUGCUUUAUGCCAGCAGUCAGGCCUCUUGGGAAGACUCAAUUAACUUGGCUUAGGAAAAACAAAGUUUGUCUGUAAACAAGGAAACAAAUGUGGAAUCUACUAUUGAUCUGUCAUUUUGCUUUGUAACGAAAUGCAGGUAGCAACUAACUAAAUCUACUAUUGACAAAUUUGUGGUUGCUUUCUCCCAACACUGGAUUAGAGUUUCAAUCUGAUGACAAAACAUUCUUGUUCUUGGUAGCAGCUUAGAAGUUUGAAAUUUUCAUAAAUGUAAUACCUGUAGUUCAAAUACACAUUUUUGAACAUAAAACUACUGUUUUCGCCAGUAAAAUAAAACAAAAUUACUGUUAAA